AUGUUGUCUGGGGUGGUUUCCCUUCCAGCUGCUGCGAUGUUGGGACUCCUGCCCAUGCUCCCCUGCCUGCUCCUCCUCUCCCUGCCAGGCCCCAGCUCUGGCUUCGAUGAUGACGGCACCGUGGUGCUCACCACCAGCGGCCCCAUCCGGGGCAAGCGCCUCCAGGCCGGCUCCAGCACAGUGACGGCCUUCCUGGGCAUCCCCUAUGCUGAGCCCCCCGUGGGGGCCUUGCGCUUCCAGAAACCGCUUCCCCACCAGCCCUGGAGCCACGUCCUGGAGACCACCAGCUUCGGCAAUGUCUGCCACCAGCCUCCGGUCACUGGUUACCCUCAGGCUGAUGUCUGGACACCCAAAACGCCGCAGUCCGAGGACUGCCUCUUCCUCAACGUCUGGGUGCCCCAUCCCCGGCCCAAUGGUACGGCCCCCGUCCUCGUUUGGAUCCACGGCGGGGGGUUCUUCUCAGGUGCAGCAUCACUUGAGAUCUAUGACGGGCGCUUCUUAGCUGCCACGGAGAACAUGAUCGUGGCCUCUAUGAACUACCGCCUGGGGGCGCUGGGCUUUCUAUCCCUGCCCCCGGCCGCCCCGGGGAACGCCGGCCUGUGGGACCAGCGCCUGGCGGUGCGCUGGCUGCGGGACAAUGCAGCUGCCUUGGGUGGGGACCCGGCCCAUUUUAUACUCGACGGCCAAGACACUGGGGCUGCGUCAGUCGGCUUCCAUCUCCUGUCCCCGGGGAGCCAGACCCUCUUCACCCGCGCCGGGCUGAAGAGCGGAGCCCCAAAUGCACCAUGGGCUUGGAUUUUGCUUGAGGAGGCCAAGAAGAGAGGCCAGAGGCUGGGCCAGUUGCUGGGCUGCACCGAUAGUGAUGACACGGCCCUGGUGGGCUGCCUGAAGGGGAAGGAACCUGGGGAGUUCCCCAAACACGAGUUCUCCGUCUUGAACCGUAAGAAGCAGCUGGCGCUGCCCUUUGUGCCGACACCAGAUGGAGAUUUCCUCCCUGAUACACCACGAAGAUUCCUGCAGGCCAGGCGUGGCCAGCCGAUACCCAUUGCAGCUGGUUUCACUGCCAAUGAAGGCUCCUACAUAUUAUACUUUGCUGCCCCAAGCUUCAACCUGGAGAAUGCCAGCUCCAUCGGCUGGGAGGAGCUGCUGCAGAUGGUGAGGCUGAUAGUGCCAGGGGCCCCAGAAGAGGCCGUCCAGGCCGUGGCUCGGCGGUACAGCCAGGAGGGGGAGAAGCAGGGCGAGGCACGGUACCGAUGGGCCAUGGAACAAAUCUUUGGUGACUACCUCUUUGUGUGCCCGGUAGCCGAGAUGGCUGGGCAAGAGGCAGAGGCUGGAAGUCCUGUGUACACCUACUACUUCACCCACCGCACGAGCGGCUUGUCUACACCUGAGUGGACGGGGGUGCCGCAUGGCGCUGAACUGCCCUACGUAUUCGGGACCCUGGCAUCUGUGGGAGGAGCCAAUCACACGCACACAGAGGCAGAGUUAGUGCUCAGCCGCAGUGUGAUGCAGUACGUUGCCGAGUUCGCCAGGAGAGGGAACUUCACGGGGAUAGGGGGCAGCAGGAAGCAGUGGCACCCCUACGACCCCACAAAGCAGAACUUCUUCCGCAUCGGACUGAAGCCACCCCAAGUCAAGGAGACGUCCCCUGCCCACCGCUGCAGCUUCUUGGCAUCACUGCUCACAAGGAAGCCAAGCCCUACUG